CGGAAAAGGGGAGAGAACAGCAAAGAGGUUGUGAAACAGAAAGUAAAGGGGAAGCUCCUGGCAGCGCUGAAUCCGCUCCUCGCCCGGAAGGGAAGUGGGAUUAAGUUUGCAAUGUCUGCCGAGGGUGAGGCCUGAAAUUGAGAGGUUUCCCUGCCGCAAGGAACGCUUCCAGAAAAGAGAUAGAGAGAAAAAGAGGCAGGCCUUAUAGCAUGAGUCAACGCUGAGUGAGCUUCGCUGCAGGCAGAUGACCCUUCGGGAAGGAUGGCUGCUCCAAACAAGUUCUAUGAGGAGAUCACCGACCAGCACCUGAAGGACUGGCAGUGUAUUGGCCGGGGAGCCUUUGGGACCAUCUACCGAGCUCGACACAAUGACUGGAGGAUCGAUGUUGCCGUGAAGAUUCUCAACAGCAAUACAUCGUUCACUCGGGAGGAGCUCCUGAAAGAAGCCCGGGCCAUGGAAGAGGCGCGUUUUACCUAUGUCCUGCGUCUCUUUGGCCUCUUUGCGGGCAGAGUGGAAGCGGACACGAAGCCGGCAGGCUUUGGCAGUGCUGCUGGUUCGAAUCUGGGCCUCGUGAUGGAGUUCAUGGAGAAUGGCACCCUGUCCGCCUUGAGGUACCGGGUCCCUUUUGUGCCUUGGGCCUUGCGAAUCCGCAUCCUCCACCAGGUAGCCCUGGGGAUGAAUUUCCUCCACAGCCUCAAACCUCCACUGCUACACCUGGACCUCAAACCAAGCAACGUUCUACUGGAUGAGGAGCUCCACGUCCGGGUGGCUGAUUUUGGGCUCUCCAAGUUCAAGCGAGGGACCACUCGGAACGCCAGCAUCAAAUCCAGGGAAGAAGAAGAGUAUGGCGGGACUCUGGAGUUCAUGCCCCCCGAGGCUUUCACCAGUGUGAACUACAAGCCGACCCCAGGCACAGACGUCUACAGCUAUGGGAUUCUCAUGUGGUCGUUGCUCACUGGCGAAGACCCUUACGCACAUGUCCCCCCUGGAAAUAUGAGCUCCAUCAUCAAGUCACUGAUCCCCCAAGGCCAAAGGCCCAGUACUAAGGAGCUGGAGGGGAUGACCAAUAGAGUGUUGAAACUAGAAGACUUGAUCAGGCUGAUGAAACUCUGCUGGCAUCACAACCAAGACCAAAGGCCGUCCUUCCGAGAGUGCAGCCAAAACACAGAGGAUGCGUUUUCCCAGCACAAACCACACAUUAUAGCCGCUGUACGCAGAGUCCAGGAUUGCUUGAUGGAGAGCUCUCCAAAUAAAACCAGGGUUAACUCAGGUACGAUAUCGAAGCCCUUGGAACACGAGGACCCACUAACCUCUUCCUAUGAACUGGAGGAGCGUUUUAAGACUAUGCGACUGGAAGAUUUUCCACACAGACAAAAUGAGGCUGCACCCUUUUUGGAAACAAACCGAGAAGGGAAAUCUGGGCUUCACCGUAGUCAUAGCGCGCGGAUCAGGAAAGUAAGGACACUGCUAUCAAUGUUACCCAUCGAGGCUGAGGAGAGUUGGAUGGGUUGGGGAAAUGGAGUGGAGAGCACAAGCUGGGGGCUUCGGCGAGAAGCCAUUGGUUGGGGUUGCUGUGGGAACUGUUGGGUGGAAAUGGACAGUGAGGGCUCAAGUGAGGGACGGUGAAGGGCCACCAGCUCUGAACUGGUUUCUGGCCAAGCUCUUA